AUGGCAUCUUCGUCGUCAUGCUCAUCGAGCAUACAAACUAGGUCUGGUCCAGUUGAUGGUGAAGUCUUGUGGAUGCAACCCAAGCAUGUUUCAGAACAUGUUUGGAAUGGGGAACCAGAUAGAAAAUUACACAUUAGACGAGCAGUGCCGACAUAUCAAGGUGAAGAACAAAUACCAGAGGAAAUUGUUCCUCUACUUCGGCAAUGUGGGUUUUAUUGGAUCAUGAAGAUGAGAUACCUAAAGAUAAAUGCAGCCUUAAUUAGUGCGUUCAUUGAAAGAUGGAGGCCCGAAACCCACACGUUUCACCUGAGAUGCGGAAAGGCUACCAUUACUCUCCAAGAUGUGUCAAUUUUAUUAGGUCUGCGUACUGACGGGGCACCAUUAAUUGGUUCGACAAAUCUUGAUUGGGCCGAUUUGUGUGAAGAAUUAUUAGGAGUCAGACCACAGGAAGGCGAAAUUGAAGGCAGUGUGGUCAAAUUAAGUUGGCUGACUCACCAUUUUUCUCACAUAAAUAUUGAUGAGGGUAACGUUGAACAAUUACAAAGGUUUACCCGUGCGUGGAUUCUUCGAUUCAUAGGAGGUGUCCUCUUUGUUAACAAAAGUAGUAGCAGAGUUUCCUUAAGGUACCUACAAUUUUUACGUGACUUUGAACAGUGCAGCACGUAUGCGUGGGGACCUGUUGUGCUUGCGUAUUUAUAUAGAGAGAUGUGCAGCGCCACCGAUUACAAAGUUAAAUCAAUCGGAGGUAUGUGCAUCUUAAUCCAAAUGUGGGCAUGGGAACGAUGCACCACUUUAGCUCCAAAGAGGACACCUCCCGUCAUAGAAAAUAAACCACUUGGACACAGGUGGCUGCGACGUGGAAAUCAGCAUAUCGGCAAUGAUGAUCUUAGAGUUUUUCGUCGCAAAUUGGAUCUGAUGAAACGACAUGAGUUUGUCUGGGAGCCAUACACACCAACUGUGAUGGCAGCUCUGCCUCAAAUUUGUGUGGUUGGAAGUGUAGCCUGGUUCGCGAUGGUGCCACUGAUUUGUUUUCAUGUUGUUGAGUGGCACCAACCCGAUAGGGUUUUACGACAAUAUGGAUUGCAACAACCUAUUCCCGGGUGUCCUUCGCAACCGCAGAAUCUCCAUGGCAUAACGCUCAAAGGCAAACAAGAUGAGAAUUGGUUCCACCUGUUGGCCCCAAUCAUUAGUCAGUGGAAUAAUGCAGCUCAGUUUAGGGUCGACGUUUAUCCUCGACAAGAGGGCCUACUGGGUUUUAACUCGGACUAUAUGGGAAGCGCUGGUUUGACCAGCGACUCCACCCUGCAUGGCCAAAGCGCCAUUGCAGGUGGCGACAUCACUGCUGUCGCCAGUGGCAGAGGCGACACAGCCACGUGUCGCGUGCCUGAGUGUGGCACUAUUCAUGCUAGCGAUUUGCAUGAAAAAUUCCACUGCUGCUACGUAAAAAACAGCACCCCUGUGGAAAUUGUUUACAAAGAGCCCUAG